AUGGGCAAGUGGGUCCCCCGGAAAUCGACAGGCAAGCACAUCGCCAAGGAUGGCAAGGCGAAGGGCAAAUACCCUCCAGGUGUACCGUUUUACAAGCUGCCCCUGAAAGCGUUUCUCCGCAGCUGGCCCGAUGAGGAUGGCUGCGUGCUCCUGACGGACAAGCAAGCGCCGACGGAAUACUUCACCACCUCCACGCUGACCGAGCAGCUUACAGCAGAGACCUCGGAGUGCAUCGCUCGGCCAGGCCUGGGCGUCAGCAUGGCCUCUGCCUCGUUGGAAUCCUGCGCAGCUGCCUUGGCGGUGCUUCCUUCAUCGUCUGAGAAGAAGUUUGGGCAAACUGGAAUUCCAGCUGUCAAGAAGCUCUUGGAGCCCUUGGGCAGUGCUUUGGCGGCCGUCAACCUGUCAAACAAGGCGUGCUCAUCUGCAUCUUCUUUGAAGCCGCACGCCGAGAAGGUGCUCAAGAAGCUUGGGAAGAAGGAGGCUCUGCAGCAACGGGUGAAGGACUUCGCUCGACUGGCAGACACAGCCUCACGCAUGUACGCUGGCGCUAUGGCUGGUUUGGAGCUUUGCACUCUCGCGUCCAAUCCGAAGGCGUGGGCAAAGAAGAUCCCGGACGAGUCCAAGCAGGACAAACCCAUCCGGAAGUUCAUCCAGAAGAAGACUCUGGACAGUUGCGUGGAAGCCGUCGCGGCGACGAACGCGGCUCGCCUGGAAGCGAAAGCUCCCCGCAAGAAACGGGCCUUCGGAGACAGCAGCGAGGAAGCAGCUGGCAAGGAGGAGUCCGGGUCUGAGUCGGAGAACAACUCCGAAGCCAAGGAAUCUGGAAGCGAAAGCGACCACAAGUCCGGCUCCUCCUCGUCUUCCCACUCCCAUGGAAGUGAUGAGAAGAAGAAGAAGGAGAAGAAGAAGAAACUGAAGAAAACCGAAGCUCCGAAGAAGCGGGCGACAUCGGCAAGGCCGGCGGCCGUUGAGCUUUCCUUGGAGGAUCAGGAAGAGGAGGAGGAGGCAGAAACUCCGGGGCUCGACCCGCAUCUGUCCUGGGCAGAGUCCGAGGUGGCCAAGUUUGCGGAUGAGUUGCAGACCAUGGUUGCAAACCAGGACAACAAAAAGAAUAGGCUGCCAUUGUACGCGCUGGUCGCUCUCCUGGAUAACGUGCCUGAGGCCGUGCUGACGGAGCAUGGGCUGGCCAAGGUUCUGCAGACGUUGAAGCAGAUGACACGCCUGCCGAAGAAGGACAAGCUGAUCAAUAUCUUCGAGACCAUGCAGGACAUGGUGGCCAAGGCGAAGAGCAUUCAUGAGCAGGCCCGGCUGGCGGCGGACGCCGGCUUGCCCGAGGAGGGAGGACCGCCAGAGGCGCCUGCUGCGGUCAUCGAGGCUCUGGAGAAUGAGCCAGGAAUACUUCGUCGAUUUCAGGAGUUUUCCACUUGUCAGAGCCAUGCCCUCCGUGUGUCCUGGCACAGCGGCUUCUUCUUGUUGCUUCUCGGCGCAGUCUUCUGUGAUCCAGAUCGUUUGGCCGCUGCCUGUGUCCAGCCACGGUCGCGUGGACACGUCAAGCGCUUGCUGUUGGCCUUGACGCCCGAGUACCAGCGCCUUGCCUUGGAGCGGGUGCCGGAGGACUUCCGUGGCUACUUCCAGGCAGAGCUGACCAAGCCACGGGUGUGCGUGGGCAUGAACGGCGAGCGCUGCGCCUUUGCUCUUGCAGCACGUGGAGGCCCAGCUCAGGUGAUGGGCCGAAGCGCACGGUGUCUGUUCUGUCGACCUGAAGAUCUAUGGCCACUGUGCGCGGAGGAAGCUGGCAAGCGAGAAGCCACUCAGCCAAGUCUCUGUGCUCUUUUUCUGCAUGACGUACAGAAGUGCGCAGAACAUGAGUGCAGAAACAUACGCUUGCAGGUUCUGGGCAAGCUCCGGCGCUUAUCAGUGGCUGCCCGUGCCCGUGCUUUGGAAGAACGCCUGCCGCCCGACGCGGUAGAAUAUUUUGAAGCGCAGCUGCAGGGUCCGGCGCCCAAGCGCGCGGCUGGGCGGGGAAGCCGGCGCCUGCUGGACAGGCAGGAGCUCCCCGUCUUGUGGAGAGGUGCCCUGGCAUCGCGGCAGACAGCUGCAGCCCCGGCGUCGGCUGCGACAAAGAAGAAAUAUCGAGAGCAGGUUCUGGCAGACAGGGCUCGGGCACGGCGCCGUAUGGGCCAGCCUUCAAAGAGAACGCCAGCUGGCGAGGCCGUCGAGAAUACCACUGGGUUGCCCCCGGCGAAGCGCCGCCGGCUGGCCGAGGACUUCGAGCGUUGGUGCCUUUUCGACUCCUGGAGCAUGUGCGAGAACUGCGGCCUCCUCGCGCCUCGCGACCUCACAGAGAGCACGCUCAACAAGCCCCAGCCACCCACCAAUCCUUCAGGCAAGUGCUCCAGAUGCAAAGCUGCGCGCGUGCAGCCGGUGGUGACGCUGGCUGAUGUGCCAGAGGUUCUGCGGGAGCUGUCUGCAGAGGCUGCGCAGGCAUUGUCGCCCUUGGAGAUCGAUGUGGGCCCGAUCGUGCGUGCAGAGCACAAAUCCGGCUACCGCCAGAAGACGACCAUGAUCCGCUUCCGCUGGCAAACGACUACAGUGAAGAAGCGCAUCAAGCACCUGCAGGACGUGAACAUGCGGACGAAGGCCCGCGCAGCUUACGACUUCUUGAUGGCCUCGGAUGACACACCCUAUGCGACCUUUGUGGCCGAGCAUGCGGAGUUUCUGGAAGAACACCCCGGCGCUGACGAGCUCACUCGCCGUCGCCGGCUGCAAUUCAUUGAACGUCUCGGCGUGGAGUGCGCCCUCUGGCCUGGUUUGUUCUGGGAUGUGAAGCGCACCUUCACUCACGAGCGUGCCACGGAUCCCAGGCGGGUGAUUCGGCAGGAGCGGGCAGCCACCUUGGAGGACGUGCUGAAUGCCGGUCGGCCCGCUGGGCGUGCAGCCUUUCCUGCUGCAGACAGCGAUGAGGAGGUUGAGGGCAACGACGACAGCGAAGAGGAGAGCCAGGUGGCAGAUGCGGAGGACGCAGAAGCAAAUGACGCCACACGCCACAGCAUGAAACGUCUCUUUGCUGCCUUGGCGUUGGGUCGCCUGCUGGGCUACGCUGCGAACUUCGAGCUUCUCCAGUUUGUUUAUGACCUCAACCUCUGGAGCAGCAUCGGUUCCAAGAAGAAUCUGCAGCUGCCGACGCCCAUGCGCCUCAUGCUCAAGGGCGAGGCCUUCAGCCCUCACUAUUGGCGUGGAGUGCACUACGCCUUGCUGGACAUGGUGCGGCAGGUCGGCUACCCUCGCGUCUUCUUCACCAUUGCCCCCUACGAAUGGAGCUUCCCCUACCACGAGUGGGUCCGCGAUGAGAUGCAGAAGAUGCUCAAGGAGCGCCUCUUCCUGCCGGCGGCGGAGACGCUGCACAUGGUGCACGUCAUGGUCCAGGCCGUGAAAGGCUUGCUGCUGGGGCAGACGGGGGGACACGGGCGCAAAGCGUGGAAGAGCAACAUCUUCCGCGUUGUUGAUGGGCAGGGCCAGGCCCGCCGCCUGCACUUCUUCAUGCGCCUGGAAUAUCAGGAUGGCACUCGCAAGGCAGCCACGCAGGACUACCACGGCUCGGGCCGAGUCCACGUGCACGUCGUCAUCUUCGUGAAGCCUGAAGACGUGGAGCAGCUAGAUUUGGCCGAGACCGUGUCUGCCACUUUGCCCGAAGACGCGGACCUUCGUGGCUAUGUCGAAGGCAGCCAGUACGACCGGGACAAGAAGAGCGGCUGGCCUGUCCACGAAGAACCGACUUGCUUCGAUCGUGACGCGGGCACGUGGCUCCUGCAACACACGGAGGACGACCAUGCGGAAGGCCUGCGCCCCUACCUCGUUGAUCUCAUGGAGGUGCUCCGCUGCCACCAAGACUUCCAGAUGUGCGACGACGACGGCCUGCUCCGCGCCUAUGUCACCAAAUACGUCAGCAAGUUCUCGGACGCGGCCAGCGAGGAGUGGCUCAACGAUGACGCCGACGCCAUGAGCAUCGCCGCGACCGUCCUCAUGCGCUACCGGCCGCUGGAGCCCGAGAUGGUGCUGCAGCUCUUCGGCGCCAAGUUCCGCCAGUGGCACCUCUCCACGCAGAGCGGCGGCAAGCGCGACGUGGUGGCGCCUUACCCAGACCAGGAGCCCAAGCUCCGCGAGGUGGAGCUGUACGAGCAGGCGGAAUGGGCUCGCGGCCGCAUCAGCUUGCUCGAUUACUUGCGCAAGACCACGGACGAGGGCAAGAUCUGUCACUGGCUCAGGAAGAAACACGUGCAGUCUGGCAGCGGCGCCACCCUGGAGGACUUUGCCGCGAACUACGUGAUGCAAGGCGAGAAAGUCGUGGCCGCCGAGACGGUUUCCAAGUUCAACGACCGCUACUUUGGCCAGUGGCUCAUGCUUCAUGUUCCCUUCGAGACAGCCACUGAUUUCUACGUGCCAGAUCACGUCGCCCAACGGCUCCCGGAGGCACACAAGUACUUCGCCAUGGCCAUCCUCUGCGAGCACCCAGUAGCGCAAGCCAUGUGGCAGGACGACGAGAAGAUCCGCUCGGAGUUGAAGAUGGAGGCACACACCAAGGACCACGUGGACACCAUCCUGGCCAUGAUCCGUGCGCACCGCGGCCAGGAGAAGUGCCGCAGCAAAACGAAGACCCCCAAGAAGAAGGCAGGCCCCGUGGACGCCAGCAAGUUCAACAGGCAGCAACUCCGCGCCUUUGUCUGCUUCAAGGAGCUCGUCGACACUGCAGUGGACAGAGCGCUGGCCAUCGAGGACGCAGAGGACGACGGCGAGGCGGACCGUCUGCGACAAGAGGCGAGGGACAGCAAGGCCAAUGUGUGCCUGGGACCACCCGGGACCGGCAAGACCACCGUGGUCUUCUCUUGCAUCGACCGUGCCCUGGCCAAGGGCGGCAGGGUCUUGAUGGCGUUGCCGACCGCCCAGUUGGCCAGUCGCAUGAAGGCCCGCUACGGCCACAAGAUCGACAUCGACACCUGCCAUGCGGCGUUCGGCCUGCAUGAGUCUGCGGAGCACGGCGAGGCGUCCCUGUUGGGCAUGUACUCCCUCAUCGUCGUGGACGAGCUCUCGCAGCUGGACAUGGUCAACUUCGACAGGAUCUUGCGCUUGUGGGCAGCGGCAGAGCGCACGCCGGCCCUCGCGCUGCUGGGUGAUCGGUACCAGAUGCCCGGCAUGGGGGACAAGCGCCCGUGGCAUUCGCGCCUGUGGAACACCAUGUGCUACCGCGUGGCCCUCCACAAAAUGUACCGCUGCAAGGACAAGGUGCACGCCAAGCUGCUGGCAACCCUCAGGACCGGCAAGCCAAAUGCCAAGCUGCUCCGGCAGCUCCGCAAGAAGGUGGCGUGGCGGCCGCCGGGCCGGCCGACGGUGAAGGGACUCCAGAAGCUCCUCAAAUCCAAGCCCAACACGACCAUCCUGACGUGCACCAGGCGGGGCGCUGCUGUGGUCAACGGAACUGCCUUGAAGGCCCUCUUCCCGAAGUACCCUCCGAUUGCGACUUUGCCAGCUGACGUGGACUCCAAUCCUGAGAACUAUGUGCAAGGCAAGCUGAAGUCACCUGCCGAGCUGCAGCCCUCCACCAUGCCUGUCUACAAGGGCAUGCGGGUAUAUUUGACCCGCAACGUGCGGAAGGAUGUCGACUUCGUCAACGGCAUGGAGGCGACGGUGCUGAAGUACGACGACAACACGGGUGGCCUCCUGGUGCGCACCACGACUGGCUUUGUGGUCAGCAUCUGGCCAUGGACUGACCCGGAAAGGGGUGGCUUGGUCUACUAUCCCGUCCGGCCGGGCUACGCGUCCACCAUCCUGAAGUUCCAGGGCGCCGAGCUGCCUCACGUCGUCGUCUACCUGGAUGCCCCGAAGGUGCCUGCCGCGGCCUACACUGCCAUCAGUAGGGUCGGCUACUACAAGGACUUCUUGUUGGCGGGCAUCUUGACGGAGGAUCACUUCACUCCAGCCAAGUGA